UCGCCUCUGACUGUAGGCUAUCUUUGAGUAAACGGUCACCGAAGAAAGGGCGCGCGCAGGGUUUAGGGUGUGUGUUGGGUAUGUUAUCUCCACCUGGUCGACGUCACGACUCUCAAGCCCACGGAGGAGCCCGUGAGCGACCUCCACUUCCUCAAACCGUGGAAGCCGUAAGUGGCGAGCAACUAACCUGAAGAAAAAGGGCAUUACAAAACCUAAAGAAAGAAGCUAAGGAACAUUUUUUCGCAAGAGAGAGCGAAUACCCCUGCGUGUGUGUGUGUGUGUGGGUGCAUGUGUUUUUGUCUGAGGUAUGAGCAUGGCGCCGUUUCUGCGGAUAUCUUUCACUGCAUAUGACCUGGGGGCUCUGCCCCCCUCCACAGAAUCUCCUUUCUGCGCUGUCAAGAUGAAGGAGGCUCUCGGCACAGAACGUGGAAAGACCCUGAUUCAGAGGAAGCCCACCAUGUACCCUGCCUGGAGGGCCAGUUUUGAUGCCCAUGUCUACGAGGGGCGGGUUCUGCAGGUGCUGCUCAUGCAGACCGCUGAGACGCCAUUGGCUGAGGUCACCAUGGGCGUGUCUGUCCUGGCUGAGCGCUGCAGAAAGGGAAAUAGUCGUGCAGAAUUUUGGGUUGAUCUUCAACCCUCAGGAAAAAUCAUGAUGUCUGUGCAAUAUUUUUUGGAGGAUGCAGACACAGAGUGUAAUCGGCAGUCUGUGAUGAUGGAGGAGGAGUUGCCCACACUGAACCGCAGGAGGGGGGCCAUCAAACAGGCCAAGAUCCACUUCAUCAAGAACCAUGAGUUCAUCGCCACCUUCUUCCGCCAGCCCACCUUCUGCUCCGUCUGCAGGGACUUCGUCUGGGGACUCAACAAACAAGGAUACAAGUGCAGACAGUGCAAUGCGGCUAUCCAUAAGAAAUGCAUCGAUAAGAUCAUCGGCAGAUGCACUGGUACUGCAGCCAACAGCAGAGACACAGUGUUUCAGAAGGAACGCUUUAAGAUUGACAUGCCGCAUCGUUUUAAGACUCAUAACUACAUGAGUCCCACCUUCUGUGACCACUGUGGGAGCUUGUUGUGGGGUUUGGUUAAACAAGGACUCAAGUGUGAGGACUGUGCAAUGAAUGUUCACCACAAGUGUCAAAAGAAAGUGGCCAAUCUCUGUGGCAUCAAUCAGAAGCUCCUAGCGGAGGCUCUCACCCAGGUUGGCCAGAAAUCCACUCGUCGUCCUGAGUCUAAAGACCUGGACACCAGCGUGUACCAGGACUUCGAUAAUAGCCCAGGAACAGACAAUAACGAUGGAGCUCCUUAUGGUUGCCUGUGGGAUGGGACGGGCCCACGCCCCCCCUCACGCAUCUUGCACCAGACAUGCAUCAGCAUCGACAACUUCAUCCUGCACAAGGUGCUGGGCAAAGGAAGCUUUGGCAAGGUGUUGCUGGCAGAGCUGAAGGGCAGUGGGGAGUACUUUGCGGUGAAGGCCCUGAAGAAGGACGUGGUGCUGAUGGACGAUGACGUGGAGUGCACCAUGGUGGAGAAACGAGUGCUGGCCCUCGCCUGGGACAACCCCUUCCUCACACACCUCUACUCUACCUUCCAGACCAAGGAGCAUCUGUUCUUUGUGAUGGAGUAUCUGAAUGGAGGAGAUCUGAUGUUUCAUAUUCAGGAGAAAGGACGAUUUGAUCUGUACAGGGCCACGUUCUACUCUUCAGAGAUUGUGUGUGGUCUACAGUUUCUACAUUCCAAAGGCAUCAUCUAUAGGGACCUGAAGCUGGAUAAUGUGAUGCUGGAUAGGGAGGGCCACAUAAAGAUAGCUGACUUUGGGAUGUGUAAGGAGAACGUGUUUGGGGAGAACCGUGCCACCACUUUCUGUGGAACACCUGACUACAUCGCCCCAGAGAUCCUGUUAGGCCAGCCUUACUCGUUCUCGGUGGACUGGUGGUCUUUAGGUGUGCUGGUGUAUGAGAUGCUGAUUGGUCAGUCUCCAUUCCACGGAGACGAUGAGGACGAGCUGUUUGAAUCCAUCCGAAUGGACACACCCCACUACCCCCGCUGGAUUACUAAGGACACCAGAGAUCUAAUGGAGAAGCUGUUUGAGCGUGACCACUCCCGCCGACUGGGGAUUGUGGGUAAUAUUCGAGGCCAUGCUUUCUUCAAGACCAUAAACUGGACUGCUUUAGAGAGGAGAGAAGUGGAUCCUCCAUUUAAACCAAAAGUGAAAGCACCCAAUGACUGCAGUAACUUUGACCGAGAGUUCCUGAGCGAGAAGCCCCGCCUCUCCCACAGCGACAAGAGUCUGAUUGACUCCAUGGACCAGAGCGCCUUCUCCGGUUUUUCGUUUGUCAACCCCAAGAUGGAGCACCUCCUGCAGAAGUAAUGAACAGCCACCUCCCAUCUCGCCUAUCGUCCCUCAGCGCUGACCUGAUCGCCUGCCAGACGUCUGCCCAGGAUGGAAAUGCCCGAUUCUGCACACGGGCUCCACUAAACUAGCCGCUGAUGACGUGUACAUGCCUCAUAGACACUAUCCUCUAAGCGUAUGUCGAAGCUAUAUGUGCUACAAGUUUGCUUGAAUAUCUGAGAGACAGUUAAAACAACAAGCAGAAACAUGAAAUGCAUUUUGGCACUAUUCAAAUGUUGUCUCUACAAGUAAUUUUUGUGAAUGUGGCAUCUAGGCUACGUUACAGUCAGGGAUGCACAUAUGGGCAUUCUUACAAAAUUGCUCAAAGAGAUCUUGCUCUGCAUUGAUGCAUUGCUUCAGCUUAAUAUAACCAAAUGUAGCGCAGCAUAAGAGGUACCUUUUGGAAAUGUAGUGUUGCAAACAGACUUUUGUUAUAGGGCACAACAUCACGACACAGAAAUGACUGACAGGAGACUUACAGUAUAGCCACAUCAUCUGUGAUGCAUCCUCAGUCUAGCAGACUACGGGUUCCUUCCUUCCUGCCUUCCUUCCUUCCUUCCUUCCUUCCUUCCUGCCUUCCUGCCUGCCUUCCUUCCUUCCUUCCUGCCUUCCUUCCUGCCUUCCUUCCUUCCUUCCUGCCUUCCUUCCAGACACCUCUGAUGGACACAUGAACCAUCUUGGCCUAGAAAAGCCAGCCUCCCCACUACCACCUGCCCUUACCAGCUCUCUCUCACUCUGCUUAGCAACACUCCCAUCCUGGUCAAUAGGAUAGCUAGUCAUGAUCACCUUCACACUCCAGACAGAAUUAACUGCAGAUAUUUUAUCUUAAAUGUUUGUGUCUGUGGGAGCUUGGAACUAGAGUGAAAUAUAUGAGAAUAGAAACUCUGUAUAGAAAGCUGUAGGAGCUUUAGACUUUGCAUGUUACGGUAGGCCUAAUCCUCACAGUGCUACCUAUAUAUUGUAUGAUGUAAUCACUGCCAUAAGGCUAUAAGCAAAAACUCAUUACACACUUCAACACAUAAAAUUAACUCAAUGAAAGAAAUACACUCCACAUUCCAUUUUUACCAUCAUCACUAAUGUUCCUCAAAAUUAUUCAUAUUCAAAAACUCAUUUACCUCCAACCUAGUUUCUUAAGACCAGAUGAGACUUCAGGACUUGGUGUUCAGAGUUCAACAGAGGGUUGCUGCAGGGCUUUGUACAGCAUGCAGAGAUGCCCAUUCCAAACUGAGCUUAUGCAGGUUUUUGGGGGAAAGGCUGUGAAUGUAAUGUCCUCAGCUUCAAAUUUCUGAUGCCAUCUGCCACCAGAAUUUCAACCACUUGACUUGAAACAUGUGUUCUCACACUAAACACACUUCUCACCUUGCGACACAUCCCCACGACAACCUACCCAUCAAACACUCACAGUCCUGACUGUUACCUGUAGCCAAUAGUGUAUUAAUAGACAUGUGCAUAAGACUUGGCUUGGGCUGACUCUCAUUCAGCCUAAAAGCAACAGAUAUGAUGUGCUAUUAGUUAUUUAAACUUGACCAAUAAGGGUAAAAAAUGCUGGGGAGUUGUAAGGGGUGUUGGUUAAAGCAUGCAGCUCAGAUGCAAGCUUGUGAAACUAGUAAUCUCUUAGGCUUAAUAUAGUUUCGUUUAGAUCUAAGUUCUUCCAUAUUCUUUAAGUAAAGAUUAAGACAAGCCAAUGCAAACAACUCAAGUGUAUAAUAUUUGUAUAUUUAGGUACAAGAUGUAUAAGGGUAUGUGGGUAUCUUUUGACUCAAGUAUAUUGUCUAUGUGUUUUGUGCCUGUUUGUAUGUUAGUUUUAUAUUACAUCUUGUCUAUUGGGUGAGAAACCCUGUGUUCAAUCUUCAAUCUGUAUAACUGUUUUGUUGCAAUAAAGAUAUUAUAUGUAAAUGUGAAA